AUGGCAACUUUUCAAGUCGCUAAAGGCCUGGUGCUUGUGUGGAUUCUAUCUUUUUCCGUUGAGGGGUUCCUACCGAACAGACUGAGCACGGUUCACACCUUGAACCCCACGGACUACACUCAUGAGGAAAUAACCCAGAUUGGAGUUCUAAAAGCUGCUGCCAAGUUUUUAGAAGACAACCCUCCACCUGGUGGUGCGUCCUUCACUACAGGACAACUGCAGAAUCUGGACCCGCUCAACCCAACAACGCUUUUCACAGCCUACUAUGGAGUCCAACGCUUAAAGAUCUGCGUACUGUUUUUAGAGGUGACGUCAGGAGGAAACCUUCAGUCAGCGAUUACAGAGAUUAUCGAUGCGAACUCGCGAGUGGACAGCGACUACGUGUCUAGUGCAGAAUAUCACGUGGGUGGGGAGGAAAUACAAGCAGCCAAUAUCAGGAUGAUAACACAGCGGAACAGCAUACUAGGGGUCCUAUCGGCGGCAUCUCCUAACUUCGAGUCAGCGAGGUCAAUGAUCGGAGUUUACCUGCACAUCUUACAGGACUUCUACAGCAACACUAACUGGGUAGAGCUGGAGGGAGGGGUUCCGUACGAGGAUCUCGGUACUUUUACUUGA